AACCUGUCUAUGCGACCGCGAGUAGCCGUUCCCCUCCCUCGAAGCCUCCUCGCUCUCCACAAGGGCUGGAAGGGAAGUGAAUGUUUUAGUGGUACACUGGCACCCCGACCCAUGCGGAAAGCUGCACAUGCACACUUGUGAUAAACAUAACCCGUUGCUGGCUUUCCCGGGAUUACCUGUUGGGCUCGUCACCGUGUUUCUCGUCGUUCGCCUUCAGAAUAACAUCUUUACCGGUCGAAGAAGAUGGCAAGCUCGGCUGUCCGAUCAGCAGAUGACAUCAUCAUGCUCUCCUUCCCAUUCGUGCUCACGACAGUGACCGUCCAGAUGGCGAAGAAGAUCAGAACUGCAGGCUGGGUUCUCAUCGCUUUUGGAAUCCUUGCGAUAGUACUUGGAAUUGCCAGCAUUGCGUUCGGGUCCACUGACACUGAUAGCAAUUUGUAUACUCUACGUAUAUCAAUUGCAUUUUCAACAGCCAUCCUGACCAUCAUCGGCGGGAGUGUGGCUGUUCACUCGGUGAAUCGGGGCUUGAAAGCGCUGGCGAUGAGCAAGAGGAACGGACCCAAUCCGCAAGGAUUUCCGGGCACCUUUCCAUCCUAGAUAUGAACACCCUGAUGCAGGGGAUCCAGAGGUUAAUUCAAACCGGAUCACCGACAUAACUGUGGGAAUCCUUAACAUGUCAUGGAUUCAUCGAAAUUCAACUGUGAAACCAACGGCGAAAAAUGAAGCUUACUUUGACUUGAAUUCAUCGCGUGUGUUACAAUUUUAUUAAUCUGCUCAUUUAAUUUGUGAUC